UUUAUUAAAGCCAAAGAGAUUGUAAACGACGUUAAUAAAGCCGUUCUAAACGACCUCAACUCCUUCCCAAAUGUAAAACAACCUCUUUCUCUGAAACCUCUCCACCCUAUAUGUUCAAUGUGCUGCCGUAUUUUGAAGCUCAAAACAGCAAGCAGAGAAUGGUUGAGUUCGCUUUGCGGAUAAUGUGACCGAUGGUUGUUUGAAUUCUGUUGGAGAAUUAGUUUGCGGUUUGGUGGAUCAUGGGGGCUGCUUGUUGCGUUGCUGCUACAGACAAAGCUAUAGUAAAUGGAUCGGGUAGUGAGGUUAUACGUAGGAAUAUAAGGUAUUCACCAAGGUGUAGUUCACGUUGGAAUAACCAAGGGCAUGUAGUAGGUGAAGACACUUCUAUAAGUUGGUUUUCCGAUACAAUUAGUCGGAAUGAUGGAUCAGAGAUCAAAUCCGAGUCUGCAUGCACAUUGGAGGAUCGAAGUCCAUCGGAGAGUUUUCAAUCUUGUACAUUGCAAAAGUUCCCAACUUCAGAAGGAGCUGCUGGGCAACUGAGGACUCCUGCUUCAGACCAAUCCGUUUCAAGAAGUCUCUCUAUUGAUGUGAACUUAGAGCAGGUGAAUGAGCUGGUAGAAUCCCCUGCAGUCUCAUACCUGUCGCCCUUUGAGUUAUCACUUCCGUUGCCUUCAGCUUCCUUGUCAGUAACAUCCCCUUCGUCAUCCCGUAGUCAUGCGCAUCCUACCAGUUCAACUAAUAGAUGCUCGGUUGGUGGGGAAAGGCUAGUGAUGCCAUCAUGGAGCAAUGAAUCAACUAGGGGAUCCUGGGGUGGUUCUUCUAAUGGUUUAUCUACGCACACCUAUUCUGCAGUCAUGGCUACAUCUCAGAGUGGAAGGUGGUCUUUUGAUGAUGACAAGUGGGGUUUUCUUCAUGAGAAUAUAAGCAAAUCCAGUGGCCGACUUUCAGCAUCCUCCUCUAUUGAUCUGCAAGUAUGUGGCGUUUGCUCAAAGUCAUUAUCAGAAAAAUCUCUGUGGAGCAGUCAGAAGAUUAUUAUGAGCAAUGAGCUUUCUGUCGUUGCUGUACUAACUUGUGGGCAUGUUUACCAUGCUGAAUGUUUGGAAAAUACAACCCCUGAAAUAGACAAAUAUAACCCUUCUUGCCCGAUAUGUACAUUGGGGGAGAAGAAGCAUAAAUCAUUUAAAGCAGAAACAGAUUUUAAGGCUAAAAUCAACAAAAGAUCAAGGAGCCGGGUUGUUGAUAGUGAUAUGGAUAGUGAUCCUUUAGUAUUUAACCAUCUGAAAAGUAGUGGAAAUGAAAAGAGGGCCUCCAGUUCAAGCAUGAAAAAUUCCAUCGGCAGACCUUUCCUACGGAAACACUUUUCGUUUGGACCAAAGGGCAUUAAGUCCCUUUCAGAGAAUCAUUCAACCGGGAAAAAGGGAAUUUUCCACCCCAAAUCUAGCAAGACGUGAACUCAUCUCCUGUUAGAAGAUUCUGGUUUUGUUCUCUUCUACCUGUCCGAUAGGGAUUGCUCAGAGUAUGCUGUGUGUUGUUGAUGUCAUUUUUCAAGUAUCGACACGAUUGUUUUGUAAGACUCCCACUAUAAAGAACACAAAAUUUAUAGGUGAAAGAAUAGCUUAACAUGAAGUCAAAAGAAUCUCUAUAUAUAGCACAACCUAAGUGAACAGUGUUGAUAUUCUGAUUUGUACAGAUUGAUCCGUGUCUUGCUCGGAUUCUAACACGAAUUGGUUCCUAUCUUUGUGUUGAGGCCUUAGGGCUAUUCCUAUUAGUUUGCUUUUUCAGUCAGUUUUGGUAUAUUUCAAUUUGAAUUUAUUUAA